CCGUUUUCCGCAUGACGGGUUCAUUCCGCUUCGAAUUCCGCUUCGAAAAUUGCUUCGAAAUUUUCUAAACGGAAUCUCCGGUUGGACUCCGUUUAGAUUCCGUUUGAGCCAUUUUGGUACAUUAGCGACACCUGCUGGUGUACGGCCGAACUUCGGUGACACUUCGCCGCGUUUCGCCGAAGCGGUUUUUCUUUUAUUGUGUGAGUGUGGUCUGCUGAAUCAAACGUCAAACGUGCGUCAAAGUGUGCGCUAGAAAAUUUCGCGAUCGCAGCAGUCGAAGCCCACGCGGAAGAAAUCCUCUUCCAAAGGAUAAUUUUUGAGAAACAAGCCAAUCCAGCCAGGAGGGAAGUCUCAACGAACUUUUGCAGCACAUUCUAUCGGUGCUGUCGCACGGCAAGCUUCGUGAAUUCGGACUCGACGUACGCGCGCUUUGUGCAGCAGCUGUGCCGGGACUUUCCGCGGGAACAUGCACCGGUGGUGCUAACGCCACUGCUCUACCCAAUGGAAUCGGAAGUUUCGGCCGAAUCGCUGCUGCGGUCGUCCGUAAUGGACACUUCCUGGGGCAGUCAGGUGAUGGAGAUCGGCUACACGUUGAGGGCUGCAAGAACCACCUGCUGGCGGCCGGGAGAUAUCGGCGCAGAAUGUGGCCAAGAUUAUUUCGUCGAUAGCGGACGGAGCGGGAAAGUUCAAGCGCGAGCGGAGUUCGGAAAGUUCAAGGUCCCGAAGAAGGCCCAAUUCGAUCUGGUCAUCCUAGUGGAGCUGCACGGGUUUAGUGAUGGCAAGGGAUCCGGAGUGUCGACCGGUGCCGCCUAGAAUGACGUUGUAGGCCGCCCCGAGGGAGUUUUUUUUUUGUUAAACUGGAAACAAACAUUAAAAAUAAAGGGACUUGGGGUUG